CAUCAACACGCCAACGACAUCUGUACACAUGACGGCCUCUGUGUUCUCGCUAGAGGGCAAAGGCAUCAAGUUCAAUACGGCAUCUGACAUCGAGCCCUUUCUCAAAGACCUCCAGGAUGAUGUGACAGAAAUCCGCCUUUCGGGAAAUACAUUUGGCGUAGAAGCCUCUGAAGCGCUUGCUGCCGUGCUCAAGGAUAAGCGGAAGCUCGAGAAUGCACAAAUGGCCGACAUCUUUACUGGUCGUCUACGCGAAGAGAUUCCUGCUGCCUUGACACAUCUCCUCGGUGCUCUCUUGCAAUGUCCAGACCUGCACACCGUCAACUUGUGUGACAAUGCAUUCGGACCCACUGCUGCAACGCCACUCGAAGACUUCUUCACAAAGCACAAGCCCUUGAAGCAUCUGUACUUGCAAAAUAAUGGAAUGGGACCUGAAGCAGGCGCUCGUAUGGCUCGCGCAUUGGCCGCCAACACGGACGCAAAACUCGAGACACUCAUCUGUGGUCGUAAUCGUCUCGAGAAUGGCAGUUGCAGUAGCUGGGUGGCAUGCUUUACACAGCACGCAGAGACUCUCAAAACGGUCAAGAUGCCACAAAAUGGCAUUCGGCCAGAAGGGAUUGAAGGACUCAUGCGGGAUGGAUUGAGUCGUUGUACCGUACUUGAGUGUUUGGACAUGCAGGAUAAUACUUUUACACAGCGUGGUUCUGCAGCGCUGGCUGCUGCAUUGCCAAAAUGGCCGAGUCUCCGAGAGCUGGCUGUGGGUGACUGCUUGCUUUCUGCGCGAGGCGGCAUCAAUGUCUUUGAAGCACUCGCCAAGGGUGAAAAUGCAAAAGUAGAGACACUCCGGUUGCAGUACAAUGAGAUUGAUGCAAAAGGCUUGGAGGCACUGGUGCUGGCUGCGAAGCAAGGUUUGCCCGUCGUGGCGCUCGUGGAGCUUAAUGGCAACAAGUUUGCUGAAGAGGAUGGAAGCAUUGAACAGCUGCAAGCUCUUUUCGAAGAACGUGGCGUGGGUGAGCUUGACGAGCUCGAUGAUCUGGAAGAGGACAGCGAUGAGGAGGAUGAAGCCGCAGACGUGGACGAAGAGGAAGAUGAUGAGGCUGCUUCAGACAAGGACGCCAAGCCAGUCUCAGCGUUGGAUGAUGCUAUCGAGCGCAACCUGGCAGCAGCACUCAACGCAACGUCUUUGACAUCAUCAUAGCAUGGAUGUACAGGAAUCCAUCUAUAGGUUCAGGGCCUACAUAUCGAAUGCCUUAUAUG